AUGACGAAGGGAACGUCAUCGUUUGGGAAGCGUCGGAAUAAGACGCAUACAUUGUGCCACCGCUGUGGCUCUAAGGCCUACCACCUACAAAAGUCCACCUGUGGCAAAUGUGGCUAUCCUGCUAAGCGCAAGAGAAAGUAUAACUGGAGUGCCAAGGCUAAAAGAAGAAAUACCACUGGGACUGGUCGGAUUAGGCACCUAAAAAUUGUGUACCGCAGAUUCAGGCAUGGAUUCCGUGAAGGAACAACACCUAAACCCAAGAAGGCGGCUAUUGCAGCAUCCAGUUCAUCUUAAGAAUUUCAACAAUUAGUCAUGCAAUAAAUGUUUUGG